AUGCUGUCCCGAGCUGUGAGACCGGCCCUCAGCGCCGGCAAUGCUGCCAUCGCCAGAACGGCUGUGCCCCAGGUCGCUGGAUAUGCCACCUUGCGAGAAAUCGAGAGUCGUUUGAAGUCGAUUCGCAACAUCGAAAAAAUCACCAAGACCAUGAAAAUCGUCGCCUCGACGAAGCUUACGCGUGCCCAGAGAGCCAUGACCGAUUCGAGAACCUACGGUCAGACCUCCAACCAAGUCUUCGAGGAGGCCGAGACAAAGCCGUUGGAUGAGAAGAAGACACUGCUGGUGGUUGCAAGCUCCGACAAAGGUCUUUGCGGUGGUAUUCACUCCGGUCUGUCGCGUGCUACUCGACGAAUGCUCGAGAAGAACGAGAACCUGGAUAUCGCUGUUAUCGGUGAAAAGUGCAAAGCCCAGAUUGGUCGUUCCAACCCCAAAAAUGUGGUCUUGAGCUUCCAAGGCGUUGGCAAAGACGUCCCCACGUUUGCCGACGCACAGGCUAUUGCGGACCAGUUGGUGAUGCUGCCUGAGGACUACGCGAGCAUCCACAUUUUGUACAACAAGUUCGUCAAUGCCCAGAGCUACGAGCCGGUCACAGUGGAGGCAUACUCCGAGGAGGCCAUCACUCAAUCCCCCAACUACGCUGCCUUCGAGAUUGAUGACGAGGUUCUGCCCAACCUUCGCGAGUUCACCCUGGCCAACGCACUGUACUGGGCUCUUGCUGAAGGCCAUGCUUGCGAACAAUCUGCUCGACGAAAUGCCAUGGAUAACGCCUCCAAGAACGCCGGUGAUAUGAUCGGUAAAUUCACCAUCCUAUACAACAGAACCCGACAGUCCGUCAUUACGGGUGAAUUGGUGGAGAUUAUUACUGGUGCUACUGCCUCGGAAGAGAUGUAG